UUAUAGCAAUUAAAUAUAGUCUAUAAAAUAAAUAUCCAUACCACACAAACAUUGUUGAUAAUCACAGGGGAAAUUCAACUGUUAAAACAAGAGUCGAGGUGAAAAAAUGAAAAGUAGCCUACUAUUUGAAUGACGUUAUUAGAAAAUGUGAUGACAAAUUAAAUAAGAACGUGUGCGUGUGUGUGUACCAUAGACUGUAGGUGUAUACACACACAUCAGGACAUUAUAAAAUUGCCAUCCAAUAUGAAUUUUGUAAUUGUGCUAUCGCUACAUAAUUAAGUUGAGGAUCUAAGUAAGUACGUUUUAAAUUAGAGUUUAAUGACUUUUAAGUAGCAUGAAUGCUUUUAUUGUGAAGCCGAAAUGCUUGACUUCCGGUUUUCCUAGUGAGUUUGACGUAUCUCCGUUUUGACGUAUGAAUCAUCCUUCCCAAGAUGGCGAUACACCUGUUUCUCCUGUGGUGAUCCUUGUUGUUGUCUGCGCAACGUAAGAAAACAAAGCAUCAGGAACAGACUGUUAAAAAACUAAAGACGCUGAUAAACAACUGUAUUCAAGUCCUUUAGCUAAAAUGUCGACAGAGGAGCUGUCAGCCUCGGACAGUGAGGCUGUGUUAGCCGGAGCAGGGGAGCGCUGGGCACCGGUCGGAGCGGUGGCCAGCCCGGAGGAUGAGAGGUGGAGCGCUGGGCAGCCGAAGCACAGAGGCUCGUCCACGGCCACCGAGGGAGAAAUGGCCGGCAGGCUGGAGAAGCUGGAAGGGGAGCAGGACUUGCUGAACUCCUCUCUCCUCGCCCUCACCUCACACUUUGCCCAGGUUCAGUUCCGAUUGAAGCAGAUCGUUCACGCCCAGAGCGACGAGAAGGAGAAGAUGCUGGUGGAGCUGGAGGAGUUCGCCUUCAGGGGCUGUCCUCAUGUGGUGGGCUGCAGGGGGCCGGAUGCCCAGCAGCUGGAGAACUCGGGGGAUCUGAAUGAGAGGGAGAAGAGGGAGCGCCUGGAGGCUCAGAGGGAAAAACAGAAGGAUCUCAUUUUCCAACUGAAGACACAGCUAGAUGACCUGGAGCGCUUUGCCUAUCAGGAGGGCAGCUACGACUCGCUGCCGCAGUCCGUCGUCAUGGAGAGACAGAAGGUCAUCAUUGACGAGUUGAUCAAAAAGCUGGAUGUGAACCUGAACGAGGACAUCGGGAACUUGUCGUCUGAGGAGCUGAGACAGAGAGUGGACUCGGCCAUCGCUCAGAUAGUGAACCCAGCCAGGGUCAAAGAGCAGCUGGUGGAUCAGCUCAAAACCCAGAUCAGAGACCUGGAGAUGUUCAUCAACUUCAUCCAGGACGAGGUGGGGAACCCUCUGUUACCAGAUGGUGCACACAGCCAGCAGCCACGAGCAGCAGGCACCAACAACAAAACUCCAGGAAUGAAGAGAGUGGAUCCAGAGCAGGCCCAGAAGAUGCGAGAGACCGGCCUGCAGCUGAUCCAGAAGGCCCUCGCCAUUCUGCAGAUCUUCGCCGCGAGCCAGUUUGGCUGCGCGCCCGGCCACGUCCCUCAGAACAUUUGGCCUCAGGAGUCGGCGCAGCAGGACUACGGGCCCCUGCUGCAGCGUCUGGAGACAGCUGUGGACAAGGUGCGGGUGCUGGGCUCCUGCAGACAGCCCUCAAUUGAACAUGUUGUUAACUACACCAGCAACUCGGCGCUGGGACCCCGAGACGAGCUGACGUCGUCGGUGAGGAAGGAGCUGGCGUUCGCUCUGAAAGACCUGUUGGCUCACGGCCUCUUCUCCCCCUCCCAGACAAUGAGCCUGGUGCUGGCUCCUAUCUCCUGCCUGCUGCCUUACCCUACAGCCACACAGAACAUGCACCCAUGGGAGCUCUUUGUUAAAUACUACCACUCCAAAAAUGGGAAGGCCUUUGUGGAGACGCCGGCACGCCAGCUUUCACAAUCCUUCAGCCUGCAUGUAGGGGGCGGCCCGGUGACCGUCACCCCUAAACAAUCUCUGCUGUGGGCCGUCCACACUGUGCUGAAGGAGCACGGGCGCUACAAACGGGGCCCAGACACAGAGUUCAAAGCGCUGGUGUGCAUGGCUCUGAACGAGCAGCGCCUGGUGUCGUGGCUCAACCUGCUGUGCAAGUCUGGCACUCUGAUACACCCGCACUACCAGGCCUGGAGCUACAUGGCCCAGACUGGCUUCGAAGGCGCCCUGCGCAUCCUGGGCCGCAUCAGCCACCUCAAAUUCAACCUCCCAGUGGACCUGGCUGUGCGGCAGCUGAAGAAUAUUAAGGAUGCUUUCUGAGUAGGAAAGACAUCCCUAAAUAGUAGUCUGAGAUAUCAAGUAUUUUAUCAACCAAACUACACUUCUCUUACUUCAGUACCAAAAGCAUUUCACCUUAGUUAAGAAGUUCCCCAUCUUAAAUAAAGGGCAAGUAUGUGGUGUCUGUACAUGCAUGGAUGACUCUGUUGUGUGAGCUUCAGCCAAACAUAAUCAGUAUUUCCCACCAUGUUAAAGAUGCCAACAUGUCAUGAUGGCAAAGCCACUUGUACUGUAAACAUGCCUUAGAGAUUUCCUCGUGUGUAGAGAAAAGCCUUCCUGACCUUUGCGACCUGUGCUCAUCUUACUGUCAUCAUUCCCCUGUGUGUACAUGAUACUGUCCUCACUUAUGCAGCGACUACAGAGGUUGGAUAUAUACAUACAUGCAUAUAUAUGUACAUAUACACGUAUAUAAAUGAAAAAAUACUUUAAUGUGUAAGGAUGAAGAAAAUGAAUGAGCAAAAACUCGAUACUGUGGCUUCUACACAGUAACAAGAGAUUGUUAGGUGUAAAGUGGUCCUUGUGUUCAAAGUGAACUCAACUCAACUUUAUCGAUAUAGCAGCUUUCUAACAAAUAGCCAAUAAUGAUUCAAAGAGCAAGAUUAUAUCAACAGACAAAAACAAUCAAUAGAUACUUUUUUUAAAGAA